GGCGUGAGCGGCGACUCCCACUCCCUCCGCAUCCUCCUCCUCCUCCCCCGGCUCAAGACCCAUGUCCAAGAUCUUCAAACAACACAACUCUGUAAUUUGCUUCUUCUGCCAGUCAGCUAUCAUCCCAGCUCCCCGGAAUCCCCGGUCCUUCCAAUGCCCACACUGCGAAUGCUGGAAUCGGUUCGAUACAAACGGCGAGAUCGUUUCGGACGAACCCGCAAUGCACGAUGAGAACCUCAACACGAAAUCCUUUGCCAGAAGAGCUUCUCCGCGCAAAGACCGACUGCCAAGCAUGUAUGGGAGCGCACCCUUCUGUCAUGCAUGCCAGACGAACCAGAUGCUCUUAGCCAACCUUCUAUCUAACUACCUCCCACAUCCGGACCAUCGUGAAUACGAGAACCGUGCGGCUAUGCUCCCGGAGUACCGCCGUUCCCUUGAGACACGCUACCCACCCGUCUGCGCCGACUGUGCGCCAGCCGUAGAGGAGGAAAUCCGUAGACGAGACAACAUGGCCCGUACACGAGCCCUCGGAGGCUUUCUCGGCUCCAGUAACCCACAGCGACGCCAGGUCGCUCGAACCCAACGUGACCGUGAUAGGCUCACAAGGCAAAUAACGUUAUGGAGAAUCAGAGGAUGCCUUUGGUACGCAUGCCUCAUGUGUACGGUGGCCUUCUAUGCAUCAGUUGCAUCUGGCUACGCCGAAUUCCUUGUGCCAGACAGCAUCAGACCGGGUCUACCAUUAUUCGCGUUGCUAUCCAUUCUCUGGACUGCGUGGGAUCCGACAUAUGGGAACCUGAAGAGGGCGGCAUUCCAAGGGCGCAUGGUACGGCAAAGGGGCAAGAGAGAACACAACCUUCUGCAAGUGGUAGCCUGGCUAUCCAGAUGCGGCACCGCGCUUCUUCUCGCGAUGUCCUGGCUCAAGCCCGAAUGGGAGAAAGUGCAACCAUGGACGGAUCCUGACUCACCGCUCACUAGGAGAUAUUGUACGACAUUCCUCGCGCUCGAAAUCAUCAUCUAUAUUCGGUGCUUGACGACGCUUCGCUUGGAACGACCGCCGCCGGUCCGUCUGACGGAAGCGGCCUCACAAGGCAUGCAAUCCCUCGCGUCGGCCCCGACCUCGCGAGGUGCCACGCCGGCGAUCGAGCCCGACUUCCUCGCGCCUCUGAGUCUUUCCUCAAAGCCCGUUGUCCUCCAACCAGGGCCAUCCAACCCCAUUUUCGGCAUGCCGUCGUUCCUGAACCAACCCACGACACCUACACCUGACAGCGCCGCAUGGCAAGACACCGUCAUGGACACAGAUGACGACGACGAAGGCGACUCUCGGAGACGAGACCCAAAUGCGAUGGACUGGUCGCCCACUAUACCGUCCCCUCAGAAGCAAGCACAGAUGCCGAAUGGGCAGGCUCGCUACCACGAUGACGGCUCGUGGCUGCGGCCACAGCGAUUCUUCGCACCCGAAGAGCCAACCGGGCUCGAGGGUCUAUUCUCGACUACGAUCAAGCUGUCUGAUGACGAGCAGGCAGAGGCUGACGCGCGCUCGGGGGCGCGAGGCAAGAGAGGGAACAUCGCGCAGUGGUUGAAUCCUGCUAAGCUUUGGCGGAGGUGACGGCGUUGUUGUUCUGUAUAUGCUGCGCCGCGUCCAUAUCUUGACUAACCUGUAUCUCGACUUUGGCGGGUUCAUUAUGGAGGCCGGGGAGCCGAAUCUGGAGUGACCGGGUAUUUAUUGAGCUCGUGGCUCGACAGCCGAG